UAUUUGCAGUGCGUGUUGUACCUGUGGGCACUGAAACUGUGCCAUCCCACCACACUCUUCCUUCUCAGAGGUAACCACGAGUGUCGUCAUCUCACGGAAUACUUCACAUUUAAACAAGAAUGUAAAAUAAAGUAUUCAGAAAGGGUAUACGAUGCGUGUAUGGAUGCGUUCGAUUGUUUACCAUUGGCAGCCCUCAUGAAUCAACAGUUUCUUUGUGUCCACGGCGGUCUGUCGCCGGAAAUACACAAUUUGGACGACAUACGUAAGUUGGACAGGUUCAAAGAGCCACCAGCGUUCGGACCAAUGUGCGAUCUUCUAUGGUCGGAUCCAUUGGAAGAUUUUGGCAAUGAGAAGAAUGCUGAACAUUUUUCUCACAACAGCGUCAGAGGUUGUUCAUACUUUUACAGUUACGCCGCGUGUUGCGACUUCCUGCAGACCAAUAAUCUGCUCAGCAUCAUAAGAGCGCAUGAGGCACAGGACGCGGGAUAUCGUAUGUAUCGAAAAUCUCAAACGACGGGCUUCCCAUCGCUAAUAACCAUCUUUAGUGCGCCUAAUUAUCUCGACGUUUACAACAACAAGGCAGCCGUAUUGAAAUACGAAAAUAACGUAAUGAACAUCAGGCAAUUCAACUGUUCGCCUCAUCCAUAUUGGCUACCCAACUUUAUGGACGUUUUUACGUGGUCUUUACCGUUCGUUGGUGAAAAAGUCACAGAGAUGCUAGUGAACGUACUGAACAUAUGCUCGGACGAUGAAUUGAUGAGCGACGGCGAUGAAGGCCUCGAGGAAGAUGUCGCAGCCAAAGUCGUUGUCCAAAAAAAGAAUGCAGCAAAUCUACGCAAGGAGGUUAUAAGAAACAAGAUCAGAGCCAUCGGCAAAAUGGCGCGUGUUUUCUCCGUCCUAAGGGAGGAGAGCGAAAGCGUGCUGCAAUUGAAAGGUCUCACACCUACCGGAGCCUUACCACUUGGCGCGUUAUCUGGUGGAAAGACGUCCUUGAAAAAUGCUCUCCAAGGGUUCUCACCGAAUCACAAGAUCACUUCAUUCGCUGAAGCGAAGGGUUUAGAUGCCAUAAACGAGAGGAUGCCACCGAGAAAGGACGCCCCACCAACGCCCGUGAACGAGGAAAAGCCGGUGAUAAAGCCGUCGACUCCUGUUGGAGACAAGCGAGACCACAGCACACCGCAACCGCAAUCGUGAGCCUCACACACGUCCAAUCAAGACGGCGAGGAUGGGCCUUAAGUCCCAAAUGCUGUCAUCGCCACCGCCGCCACCAUCACCGCCACCACCGCCACUACCAUCACCACUACCUCCACUACCACCGCCACCACCACCACUACUACUACCACUACUACUACCA